UCGCUCCAUUCGAAUUCCUGUAGCUUUCGGUUGUGCAAUUCGAUAAUCAUAAAUUUUGGAAACCCUAGUCUUUGCCCUAGUGUUAAUUAUAAACGGUUCUGUUUUAUUUAGGUGUCAACUAUCAUAAUUACGUGCAUCACGUUGGAAUACUCUUGGGAAUUUAAUAUACAGUGUACGUACUCCAAGUUAGUGUUUUUGGUUAUGUCGCAAGUUAGUUUAUAGUGUUAACGCCUGCAUUUCCAUUAUGUUUUUCGUAACGAGAAAAAGAAAUGGCUUCAACGUUAUUUUAUAAACAUGGGGAAUUUUGUGCUGCACAUCCAUGGGAAGUGAUAGUGGCGAUAUUGACUCUCACAGGGUGUAUGUUUUCAGUGGAACAACAAUAUGCUGCUCCACUCCCAAAACCCCCUAUUCGGGACUGUGCAAGUUGCAUACAAGAGGCAGAAUACAACGCUGCAGACUUAAUUGUAAUGACCCUUAUACGAUGCCUUGCGGUACCGUACAGUUAUUAUCAGUUCUGUAUUUUACAGAAGUUCGGAUCGAAAUAUAUCAUAGGUAUUGCCGGGUUAUUUACGGUAUGUUCAAGUUUUGUGUUUACAACUACUGUAAUAAAUCUUUUACGAUUUGAUGUGGCCGAUAUUAGAGAUGCGCUGUUUUUUUUCAUCUUGUUAAUGGAUUUAUCUAAAGCAGUGAUACUAGCCCAAUUUGCUCUUUGUGCAAAGAAUCAAGAUGAAAUAAAAAAUAACAUUGCCAAAGGAAUGGCAAUAUUAGGACCAACAGUUACACUAGAUGCCAUAGUGGAAGCGCUGGUUAUAAGCGUUGGAGCUCUUUCAGGAGUUAGACGUUUAGAAAUAUUUUCCGGUUUUGCUUGCCUUUCAAUUUUGGUAAACUACGUUAUAUUUAUGACGUUUUACCCAGCUUGUUUAUCAUUGCUUCUGGAGCUCUCUCGAACAUCCAGUAUAUAUUUAAAGAAAGAAAUUAGACCUUCUCUUAUUAUAAGUGCCCUAAAUGAAGAAGAUAACAAAUCCAAUCCCAUUGUAAGAAGAGUCAAACUAAUAAUGUCAGUUGGUUUAAUGCUAGUUCAUAUUCAUCGAUACAUGUAUCGGUGGCCCUCCCAUGAAGAAAGUAUUGACUCAGUGUCGCCAUUUGUCGUUGAACAGCACUUAGCGUUGAAUAGUACACAAACUGUUACUUUUCAUGGGUAUCUAAUGAGGUGGAUUGCCCUAAGUGCCGAUCAUAUUGUUAUAUUGAUUUUGCUAUUAGCGCUACUUUGUAAAUUUAUAUUCUUUGAAAAUAAAGAAGAGCUUGUAGAACAAUUAAGGGUGCAUAUGAAUAAUCAAAGCUUAGAGUUUUUAAAUCCAAAUGAACACCAAAACAAUCAUUUGAACAGGACCAUACGCCAAAGGUUUAUUCCAACCAUGCCUUUCUUUAGAUCACAUUCCAUGUUUUUGGACAACGUAUCUCUUGACAACGAAGAGAAAGAUUUGGUUGACAAAGAAGUUCAAACACAAAACGAAGUUGAAAUCUUAUCACUGCCACUAAAUAACUCAAAAGAAGUUACAUCGAAAAACAUUGCUGUUUUAUGUCCACCUAUGGCGAGGUCUGUUAACGAGUGCUUAACUAUAUAUAAAUCCGAUUUAGGGGCAACCACCUUAACAGAUGAAGAGGUAAUAUUAUUAGUCAAAAACAAACAUAUACCACCAUAUCAAAUAGAAAAGGCUGUGGAUGACCCCGAACGCGGUGUACGAAUCCGUAGACAAAUGAUAGGAAAAGAUGGAAAUUUUGGUGAAGCAUUAGAAGAUUUACCAUACAAAAAUUAUGACUAUACAAAAGUAAUGGGAGCUUGUUGUGAAAAUGUAAUCGGCUACAUGCCCAUUCCUGUUGGAAUAGCUGGGCCAUUACUUCUUGAUGGGAAAGUUAUAUACGUUCCAAUGGCUACAACAGAAGGUUGUCUUGUUGCAAGCACUAAUCGAGGAAGUCGUGCGCUUCUCAAAUGUGGUAUUACUAGUAGAGUUGUUGCAGAUGGAAUGACUAGAGGGCCUGUUGUUCGCUUUCCAUCAGUUGCCAAAGCAAGUGAAGUUAUGGUUUGGAUGGAAAAUAAAGAAAACUUUGGUAAAAUUAAGGAAAGUUUUGAUGCCAGUAGCCGUUUUGCUCGAUUAAAAAAGAUUCAAGUUCGUAUAGCCGGAAGAUAUUUGUUUGCAAGAUUUGUAGCAACAACAGGUGAUGCAAUGGGCAUGAACAUGCUUUCAAAAGGUACGGAAAUGUCUCUGAAAUUCAUUCAAACACUAUUUCCCGAAAUGGAAAUUUUGAGUAUUAGCGGCAACUUCUGUGCCGAUAAAAAACCCGCAGCAGUAAAUUGGAUUGAAGGCAGGGGCAAGUCCGUUGUUUGCGAAGCAGUUGUACCAGCAGAAAUUGUGUCUACUGUACUUAAAACUAGCACACAUGCAUUAGUAGAUGUAAAUAUUUCAAAAAAUAUGGUAGGAUCAGCCAUGGCAGGAAGCAUCGGAGGUUUUAAUGCACAUGCAGCAAACGUUGUAACAGCCAUAUUUAUAGCAACGGGACAAGACCCAGCUCAAAAUGUAGGCAGUAGUAACUGUAUGACUCUUAUGGAACCAUGGGGCAGAAACGGGGAAGAUUUGUAUAUUUCGUGCACUAUGCCUUCAGUUGAAGUUGGCACAAUAGGGGGAGGAACUGUGUUACCAGCCCAAGCGGCAUGCUUAGAGAUGUUGGGUGUAAAAGGAUCACAUAGCGAAUGCCCUGGAGAAAAUGCGAAUCAACUUGCAAGGGUAGUAUGUGGAACUGUCUUGGCUGGAGAGUUAUCAUUAAUGGCCGCAUUAGCCGCGGGUCAUCUAGUCAGAAGCCAUUUAAGACACAAUCGUUCUUCUGUGGCAAUUUUUUCAGAAAUGGAGGGAAAUAUACACGUUACACCACCCUGCAAAACUGGUGCUUAUUUUGUAAAAACUUAGUGCAGAGACUAGAAGUAAACAAACAAUAGGUACAUGACUUACCCAGUGAUUGGCAUAUUAUUUAAAAAGUCUAGUGUUGUCUAGACGUUUUUGUCAAAAUAGUACAUAUAUCUGUUAAUAAAAGUAUUUUGAAAGUGUA